UCUUGAUGAGGAAAAAGAGAAAAUUAAUCUAUGCUUUUUUAACUUCACAAUAAUAUGGUGUCACUUAGUAUCAAUAUUCAGCUUGUACUUGUAAUUUCUUUGCUCAUUCUACAACAACAGCAAACUUCAGCUUAUACUCUAUUUGGAAAGCUAAGGAAGAAACAGUGGCUAAAGUUUACCUCUAUGCAAAAUAAUCAUGAUUCUAUGGAUGAUAGCAUUGCCUUUGCUGGAGGAAUUAGAAAAAUGCUCAAACAAGAGCAGAUGGCUGAUGAUAUUUCAGUGACAGGAGAUGCUGAAUUUGAUUCAAUGAAGACCCCUCACAUGAAUGCUCAGGUGGAUAGCCAAAUACUCAAGAAGAAUCAUGAGAGAAGUAAGAAAGAAGAAUCAAAUGAGUUUGUUGAUGUAGACGACGAAAUAGCAAAGCUUAUGAACAAAGACUAUAGUGGAAAAAGCAAGCCUCGCCGCAGCAAACCGCCAAUCAAUAAUCACAAGCCUACGGACUAAUUUAUAACGGGUGAUUUACGAGAAUAGUCCUGAAGGUGUGUGGUCUUGAACUUUUACCUUGCCUACCUCUUAUCUCAGAAGCAAAACUUCAAGUUUAACAAUUUUUUAAGACCUUGAGGGUUUGCCCAUGAAGUAAGUGGGGGUCAAAAGUUCAAAAUCGUCCAUUUUCAAGAUCAUUAGAUGUAAUUUUCUGAAUUAAAACUGGUAACAGUAUUACUGUUUGAUAUUAACUAGUACAAGUAGUGUUAAGAUUUGGGCCUCACAAUUUUGCCCCCUACUAGUGAUGGCCCAAAAAUCAUGUUUGUUAUUGUACAUUUGUUACCUUUCUUUCUUUGUACUUAUAUAUCACUUGAUCAAAUUUCGUUUAACUUAUAUAUUAUAACUGAAAAUUGG